AUGAAAAAUCAUUUAGCCGGAACUCAUGAUAAUGUUGGUGCUUGUAGUCAAGUUUCUGAAGAUGUUAUGAAUAUGUUUUUACAACUCUUAAGUGGAAAAAAACAAGACAACAUUAUAGAUGUUGAUUGUUUUGAAGAAAAAAAUAUUGAAGGGAAAAGUAAAGGGGGAACUAUGGAUGCGUAUGUCACAAAGGGAAGGGCAAAGCAACAAGGUUUGAAUCAAAUGAUGAAGCAAAGGGAGCCCGUGAUUAGAGAUAUUUGUAGAGUCAUUUAUGGGCAUGCAUUGGCUUUUAAUUUAGUGAAAAGCCCCUUGUUUAAGAAGAUGUUGAAGUCGGUUGGUGAGUAUGGUGUGGGAUUGAAGCCACCCAGUUAUCAUGAAGUGAGAGUAUCUUUUUUGAAAAAAGAGGUUGAUCAUGUGAAUGCAAGUUUAGAAGUGUAUAGAAAAGAAUGGAAGAAGACGGGUUGUACUACAAUGUCCGAUGGAUGGACCGAUGGAAAGUCUCGCUCUCUUACUAAUUUCCUUGUUAAAAAUCCAAGUGGAACGGUGUUUAUUAAAUCAAUAGACACCUCCGGUGUAAUUAAAAAUUCAAUGAAAUUAUUUGAGAUGCUUGAUGACAUUGUGAAUGAAAUUGGUGAAGAAAAUGCGGUUCAAGUGGUAACCGAUAGUGCAUCGGCGUAUGUGGGUGCCAGUAGAUUAUUGGAAGAGAAGAGGACUAAAUUGUUUUGGUCCCUAUGUGCGGCACAUUGUCUUGACUUAAUGUUAAGUGACAUAGGUGAGUUGAUGGUUUUCAAAGAUACAAUAAUUAAAGCCAAGGAAAUCGCUGUGUACGUUUAUAGGCAUGCUUGGGUGCUUGAUUUGUUCCGAAAAUUUACAAAGAAUAGGGAGCUGACAAGACCCGCAGUCACUAGAUUUGCCACCGCUUUCCUUACUUUAAAAAGUUUCCAAGAUAGAAAACUCCAACUUAGAGCUAUGUUUGCGUCGGAAGAGAGGGCUAGAAGUAGCUAUUCUACAUCUGUUAAUGCAAAAAAGGCACAAGGAACAAUCUUGGGAGAUGCUAGAUUUUGGAAAGCAAUCAAGUAUUGCUUGAAGUGUGUGCUCCCUUUGGUGAAAAUUUUGAGGCUUGUGGAUGGUGAUGCAAAGCUGGCAAUGGGAUUUAUUUAUGAAGCUAUGGAUAGAGCGAAGGAAGAAAUUGCUUCAAACUUGAACCAUGUGAGGGGUAGAUAUAAGCGCAUUUGGGAAAUUAUUGAUACUAGAUGGGAUUUACAACUCCAUAGGCCUUUGCAUGCGGCGGCAUAUUACCUUAAUCCAAUGUAA